ACAUCAAUACCUAUUUGUCGGUUUUACGUAUUUGUUUUUAACUGAGUUCAAGUGUAGUGUAUGAAAAUUUGCAGUUAGCAAUAUAUUAAUUUGAUAAAUGGUUUUAAAAGCAUGUAAGUAACGGGCUUUUGAUGCAUGUUACUGCUGAAGACAUAGUCGCAUAUUGCUAUUUUUCAUGUCAGUGGAUCUUAAAAUUACAGUGACUUUACAAUGGAAAAAUCAGAUGGUGUAGAUGUAACAAUUGUGUGCAGUAGCCAGAGCCCUGCAUGUACGUUGGAAGUUACAGAAGGAGCAGCUGUCCUUUCAGAUGCUUCACAACGGCCCUACCACAUUUUGGUUGGUGUCACUGGAAGUGUGGCUUCUCUGAAGUUACCUCACCUGGUUACCAGCCUGCUUGAUAUUCCUAGGGUUGAAGUAAAAGUCAUCACAACAGAAAAGGCAAAGCAUUUUUAUGAUACGAAGGAUGUUUCAGUUGGUGUACUCAGUGAUGGAGACGAGUGGAAGAUGUGGAAGUCAAGAAGUGACCCUGUUCUUCAUAUAGAGCUGAGAAGAUGGGCAGACCUAAUGGUGAUUGCACCACUAGAUGCAAAUACAAUGGGGAAAAUAGCCAAUGGUAUUUGUGAUAACUUACUGACUUGUGUAGUUCGGGCAUGGGAUUUGGGAAAACCAUUGCUAUUCUGCCCUGCCAUGAACACAGCCAUGUGGAAGCAUCCAAUUACAGAAAAACAGACAGCGAUCCUCAAAAGUUUUGGUUACAUUGAAAUCCCUUGUAUCUCAAAGAAGCUGGUUUGUGGAGAUAAAGGUCUUGGUGCUAUGGCUGAAGUUUCAACCAUUGUGGAGAAAGUAAAAGAGUAUGCUUUUUAUGAGCAUUCAUCAUCUUAACUCACUAAUCAGUGUCAGUUAGCUGUCCUGAAAAGGCGUAUGUAGCUUUAUUGGUGCUGAAUGAAGAAUCCUUAGCCUUAUUAUUAUUACAGGAUCAUACAGUUCUGUAUUGAGGGAAUGUUCUGACAUUCAGAUUUACAACUUAAAGCUGACGUAGCAUUGUACAUAAAAUAUGUCAUUUAAAUCAGCAGCUGAUUUCUUUAGAGAAUUAAAACAUCUUCAGGCUAUUUGCUUAGGUGUGCCUACUGUGUUCUGAGUUUGAUCAGAACCUGAUGUAAUUAAAUAAUUUGCUUCAGAACCAGUGCUUAGAAUGUAAUACAGAGUACAUUAGUGCUUCUGCUUCUUCUUUCGGCUUUUCCCAUUAGGGGAAGCCACGGUGGAACAAUGGUCCACAGAACUAUUGGUAGUGGAGUUUUACA